AUGAGAAAAAAAAGCUCAAAAUAUUAAAUUAUGCACUUAUUUAUUGACUUUUCUCUUAUUAUUCUGAUGCAGUAAUUUUAAAAUGAGACAUCUGUUUUAAUUCACAUUAUCAAUUUGCUGAUUAAUCUUGGCAUUUUAUUCUUUUAACAACCUUACUUUUAAAGUGAGAUCAUUACCUUUGAUAUUUAUUUAUCAUUGUAAAUUUUGUUAUCUUAGAUAGGGACAACAAUUUACUUACUCUUUAAUUCUGAAAAAAUUCAAAAUUUAAUGGUCUUUUAUUAUUUUUUUGUGAUUCCUUUUAGUAUUAAGCUAACUUAAAAAAUAAUAUAAUAUAUUUAAUAAAAAAUGCUAUCAAAAUUCAAUUAAAAAUUAGACAAAAAAAGUUUUACAAAAAAUGAUCAAAAAUAUUUAGAUUGGUUUAUGAGAAAAACUAUUUCAGAUAUAAGAUAGAUAAAUAAGAGAAAUAAUUUUAAUGAAAAUUCUUUAGAAUUAUAUGAGGUAAAAAUACUUGAUUAAAUUCUAAGAUGUAAUAGAUAUUUAAAUGAUAUUUCAAAUAAUCUGGAACCAAACCAAUAAAAUUCUCAUAAGUAAAUAGAUAGGGAAAAUCUAUAAGAAUAGCUCAAAUUUCUAAUUUCAUAAUUAUAUUUAACAGGAGAAACACAUAAUUCAUAAGAAGUUAGAGAAUUUUUAAUUUCCCACUUAGUCUUUCUCAUUAAUGUGCAGAAAAACUAUGCUUUGUUUACUUUCAAAGCUUAUACAUACUAAAAAAAUUUUAACAAAAAACAAAAGCAAAUUGUGUUUACAUUAUUGAAUGAAUGUUAAAAUUAAAUAGAUUUGUAAAUUUACAAACAUAAGAAUGAUAGCAUUUACGAAAAAUCUAUAAUGAGUGUUAUAAUUUAUGAUGAUUAAAUAAAUUAAAUAGAAGUUCUGAUAGAAGAGGCUGUAUUAUAAAAGUUAAACAUUUUAUUCACCAUGAAUUAAAAAUACAUUAAUCUUUAACAGCUGCAAAGCUAACUAAACCUUUUUUAAAUAAAGAGAAGAUAGAUUAUUUCUUUAAUUCAAAACAUAACUUAAAUGAAUUUUCUUAACAUUAAACUUUAAAAUCUUAUUACCAUAUACUUAAAAACAAUAGCAUUUACAGAAAAAGAUAUCAAAUUAAAUAAUAAGAAUACAAAAGUAAAUUAAUAUUAUAAUAAAAUUUUUAAUCAGUAUGCAACCAACGAAGAAGCUUGUGUGAUAAUUUCUUAAUUCAAUAAUGAGUAAGAAUAAAUUAUUAAAAAUGUAUCUCAUAACUUUAAAAGAGUGUUUAAUGGUAGCUAAGAUGAUUAUUUAGGUUAAUCUAUUAGCAAAUUGAUGCCUGAGCCAUAUUCGAGAGUGCAUUAAAAUUAUGUGGAAAAAUAUAUCAAUACUUAAAAUAGUACUGCUAUAACUUCAAGUUGUUUAUUAGCAUUUGCUUUAACAUAAAAUUAAUACAUUAUACCUAUAUAAUUAGAAUUAAAAUUUAAUACUUCUUUGGAUUUUUAAUUAAACACUGAAGUUGGAUUUGCGUUAUACCUUUAAAAAAUAAACAAAUAAAAGGAAUACAUUCUUUAUAAUAAAAACAAUUUUGAGAUAGUUUCGAUUACUGAAUAAAUUCAUCAAAAUAUAUUCUAUGGCUAUUAAGAUUACACUCGGAUUAACUUACUUUAGUUUUUUCCUAUUAUUUAUAAAGCUUCAAAUUAGAUGUAAAAGCAAAGCCAGCUAUAUAGUAAAGCAUUGCCUAUUUUACACAUUAAAUAUGAAUCCAGUAAAUAUAAAUAAUAAAAGAUAUUAGCUUAUUCUUAAAAAAAAUAUAUUUAAAUGUAGAAUUUUCAUAAGGAUUUAAGUAAAAAUAAAAGUUUAAAAUUAAUUUAAAGUAUUUAAAGAUAAGAAGAAAUUCAUUCAUAAAUUGAGCUUGAAGCACAAAAAUAGCUAACAAACUAACCACGAGCAUAUUAAUCAGUAGAAGAAUAGUUAAUUGAAUAGCAUUUAGAUAAUUAAAUUGGCAGGGAAAACAUAGAUGAUAUUUUGAAAAUAAAAUAUUUGCUAGUAUUAUAAAAUUAGUAAAAAUCAUUAAUGAGCUAACAAAAAAAUUUAAAUCCUCAAUAAAUUAAUUAAUAAAAAAAUGAGUUAUUUUAUUUUUAUCAAUUUUAUGUUUUAUAAUUUAAUAUAAAAUCAGUCAAAAGCGAGUAUCUCACUCAUUUGAAAUACAUAGAAAUUUCUAAGUAACAAAAAUUAAAUCCAAUUAAAAGUGCUUCUUUAAUACUUAGUUUCUACAAAAAUAGUUAUAAAAGAACAAGUCUUUCGAAUAUUGAUCAGUUUUAUGAUUAGUAACUUGAGAGUUUAUUCUAAGAUCUAGAAUCUAUGCAGCAAUUAAAAAACCAUAUUUGUGAUUAAGAGGUUGUGUAAACUCCUGAUCCUUAUUCAUAAUAGCAAAGUAAUAGUUCUAGUUAAAAUAAUAACACUAAAUUAAAUACAUAGUAAGCACAAGAUUAUUUAGGUAAUAAAAAAUACAAAAUAGAUGAAUUUAAUUAGAAUAGUUUCAAUAAUAAUAAUAAUAAUAAUAUAAAUAAUCCUUUAGUUAAUUUGAGCUCUUUCGAUAUAAAGGAAUGUGCUUAAAAUUUUGAAUAGCCUUUGAUAAAACUUGCAACAGAUUAAAAUGUUUAAUAAUUCGAAAACUUAACUCACUAAAAUAGCAGUUUAAUUUCAUAAAAUAAAAGUCAAAUUGCCUUAUUUUAAUUCAGAGGAAAAAAUAUAGAUUCUAGUAUUGAUAACUUAUCUUAAACAUAAAGGUUUCAUUUUUGUAAUACUUUUUAUUUAGAUAAUCAAUCAUCUUAAAUAUCAGACAGAAUACUAAAAAACCAUAGCAAUUCAAUGCUAACAAAAUAAGAUUUAAAUAUUUCUCAAACAAAACUGAAUUCUUAACUUAAAUUAAAUUUUAACAAUUCUGAUUUAAUAAACUCAAUAGAAAGUGAUUCUUAUGUAAAUUAGUUUUAAAAUAAUAUAAUUAAUCUAAAUACCUAAAGCCAAACAUAAAUAUAAACAUCACAAAGCUUGACAAAAAAUGUGAAUCAAUAAACAUUGCAAAAGCUUAUUUUUUAAAAUUAAAAUAAAAUAUAAAGUAAAAAAAAUGAUCUAAACAUUUAAUAAUAUGAAUAGCAAAAAUAAAUAAAUAAUCUUUUAAAAUUAAAAUAAAUUUUCAAUGGAGCUAACAAUUAAGACUCUGCUUCAAACAGUUCAAAGUGUAGCUCUAGCUCUAAUAUCAAGUAUAUAGAAAGAAAAAUUUUAUCAGAAAAAAGAUAGCUUGCGAUAUAAUUCGUCAAUUUAUUUGGAUUUUUAAGCUUGAUAAUUUUAUCUGUAGUUAUUAUUUAAUAAUUCUUUUCAAUUAAUUUACUUUUUGAAAAUUUUUAAUCAGAAUUAAAUAUUAUUGGAUGGCCCACAGAUUAUAUGGACAGCCUUUCACUGAUCGUGAAAAAUUCAAACUUACAAAAGCUGUUAUAGCAUGACUACAUCUAAAUAAAAGGUGGAGAUGUCAUUAAGCAAACCAUGAAAAAUUAGUCCUAAUAAGAAAUAGUAUUUGCAAUAAACUAAAUAAAAAAUCUUACAAACUAAAUGGAAAAAAAUGCCAAUUCACUAUAAAUUUUUAAAAAUAUUUUAGAAAAGCCCAAUGUUUUCAGAUUUGGUGCAAAUUAUAAUCCUAAAAUCCCUUUGAAUAUCCAACCUGCUGAUACUUAUUAUUAACUUAUUGAUAUAGAAAUGGGAUUAUUUUAUUCUUUGGAAUUAAUAAUAUUGUACUUAUUUAGAUUUGCAUAUGGACUUGGUUUAGGCUCUGGUUAAUUUAUAACGUUAAGUAAUAAGUUACCAAUUAGUAAAUAACUUUCUACUAUCACAUAGUAGAACAUAAGCGAAAUGGUUGAUUAAAUUUCUUCAAUUUAAGAAAAUUUGCUAAGUAUACUAGUAACUAUGAUUGUUGUUGUUUUCUGCUCUAUAUUUUUAACAUUGCCACUUUAUUCAAUAAUUUAGAUUAAAAAGUAAAAAUUAUUAUAAUUAUUUAGUACUUUUCACUCAGAUAUGAUUUCUAUAGAAAUUAAUAAAAUUGAAGAUUGCGUGGUUUAAAAUUUUAGUAAAUAACUAAAAAAUGUAAAAUAUUUAAUAAACUAGUAAAUGAUGUAAUAAAAAAAUUUGAAUCUAGAAAAAAAGUAAAGCAUAAGUUCAACUUCUUAGCUUCAAAAAUUUAAUUUCAAAAUAAUUUUAUUAGCUACAAUUAUAUUUAUAAUUACUCUUCCAUACCCUAUUAUCAUUUAAAGUCUGUGUAAAGAUUAUAUCAGCCAAAGCAAAGCAGUUCUCCAAACAAUAAAAUCCCUAUAUGAAAUGUAAUAGCAUGUCAUUGAAAAUACAGGAAUACACUACUUUUGUAUAUAUCUAAGAAUAAGCCCAAGCACUGCCCCAUACAGUUAUAUCAAUAAUAGAUAAGAAGUAUAUCAAAAUCUAAUUACUGCAAAUAUUUAAAAGGCUAAUUUGUAUUAGAGUUUAAUCAAUUUAAAAGCAACAAAAUUAUACAACAGAUCUUAAUUUGAUCAGUUUUUUUUUAGAAUUUUUGAAUCUGAUAUUUGCUAAAUUAUGAAAAAUAAUAUGAAUUUAUUUGUUUCAGGCUUCCAAUAUAAUUCUGAGGAAUGUUAAUAAAUCUAUAAUGGCAGAUUUAGCUAAGGACUAACAAUAGCUUUACAAUAAUAUUUCUCAUAUUUCCCAGACCUUUAUUAGAUCUAUGAAAUUAGUGAUCAAAACCUGUUUUAAUAAACAUUUGAUAAAUAUUAGAAGAAUUUAGACUUUGAAUAAUUCUAUAAACUUGAAAAAUAUUUAGUCGUUAUUCUUAAAACUCUUUCAAAAUUCAUUUUAGACUAAACCAACUAAUAUGAAAAUUAUUUAUUGGAUACCAUGAUUUAUUUAUUAAUUGUUUAAAUAUUAUUAUUUGGAAUGCUAUUCUAUUUUGGAUAGAGGAAAUUUCUGAAAAUGAUAGAAACUGAACUCAAUGAAACAAAGUAGUAUUUAUCAUUGUUAAAUAUUAACUUUCUUCUUCAAAAUACUUAUAUAUAAAAUUUCUUAUAGAAACACAUUUGA